GGGAGACCAGAUAUAGUGAAUGCAGGGUCUGGGGAGACCGUAUAUAGUGAAUGCAGGGUCUAGGGAGACCAGAUAUAGUGAAUGCGGGGUCCGGAGAGACCAGAUAUAGUGAAUGCAGGGUCCAGGGAGAGUGGAUAUAGUGAAUGCAGGGUCCGGGGAGAGCGGAUAUAGUGAAUGCAGGGUCCGGGGAGACCAGAUAUAGUGAAUUCGGGGUCCAAGGAGACCGGAUAUAGUGAAUGCAGGGGUCCGGGGAGAGCGGAUAUAGGGGAUGCAGGGUCCGGGGAGAGCAGAUAUAGUGAAUGCGGGGUCCGGGGA